GCUGGGACUACUGACCGCUGUCCGAGGUUGCAAAGUGUCAAAAAAUAUCAGUUUGUGCUGUGGAGGGGAGCUGGAGCCUGGUUGAAUGCCUUACACUUAAAAUUAAGUAGUUUUAACCACUACUUUCAAUUUACUAUUACAACCAGCGUAUUGGAGUUUGUGUCUUGUAAUAGAGGAUAUCUGGCUACAGCUAUUACUUAAACAAAAGAUAACUGUGAAGGUACAACCACGAGUUUGCAGAUGCAGUUCUUAGAGCAAACACGAAGACGUUACCUACAGCACAAUUUUGGAUUCAGCUAGCCUCCGUUUAACCUCGACUGCCUCAACCCACAAAAGACUGAAUAACUCAAAGCAGUAGAUCAUGUCGGUGGAGCUGGAAGUGUUCGUGGGAAACAACACCAUGAUGGAUGAGGACGUCUACCAGCUUUGGCUGGAUGGAUAUGCAGUGAAUGAUGCGGUUCGGCUGCGUAUGGAGGCAGGGGAGUUACGUGACUGUGACGUGAGCACAGACGUCGUGCUCAGCGACACCAUGGACCAGUUCAGAACCUUCCAGAUGUGUGAAAAGCUCCUGCACAGUCCUUCCAAACUGGCCAAUCAGCUGCUCUUUCAGAUCCCUCCGCAGAAACAGGCCAUGAUGAUAGAGAGGUACUAUCAGUUUGACCGCCCCUUCGCGAGGGAGGUCCUGGGCAAGAAACUGUCCAAGGGCAUGAAGAAGGACCUGGAUGACAUCAGCUCUAAGACGGGCAUCUUGGUGAAGAGCUGCAGACGACAGUUUGAUAACUUCAAGCGAGUGUUCAAAGUGGUGGAGGAGCUCCAAGGCCCCCUAGUGGACAAUGUGCAGCGUCACUUCCUGGUCUCUGACUCUCUGGCCAAGGAUUAUGCUGCCAUUGUGUUCUUCGCUAACAGUCGCUUUGAGACGGGCAAGAGGAAGCUGCAGUAUCUGUCCUUUCAGGACUUUGCCUUUUGUGCCGGGCAGCUCAUCAGCUACUGGACCGUGGGAGCCGUGGAUAAAAUGAUGGAGGAUAUAGACGUGGACCUGGAGAAGGAGUUUCUGCACAACCUCAAAGAUCUCAAGGUCCUCAUCAAUAAUAAGGACAUGCUGGACCAGCACAAGAGCCUGGUGUGUGCCCAGUUAAGAGGCAGAAUAAAAGUCUUCAGUGAAAUGGACGCAAACUUUAAGAACCUGUCCAGAGCUCUAGUGAACAUUGCUGCCAAUCUCACCCACAACAAAGACGUCAGGGACCUCUUCAUAGACCUAGUGGAGAAGUUUAUUGAGCCCUGCAAGUCAGACAAGUGGCCAGUUGGGGACCUCAGACUCUUCCUCACCCACUACACAAGCACAGCACACAUGCUGGAAACAUUCAGAUACAAGCCCAUCUGGGACAGAUACAUGGGCGUAAUCAAAAGCUGCGUUCUGAAGAUGUACCACGACUGAGGGCCUAAACACAGAGGCCCUCUAGGGGGCGCUAGUCAACACCCUGCCCAUGACUGAGGGCCUAAACACAGAGGCCCUCUAGGGGGCGCUAGUCAACACCCUGCCCAUGACUGAGGGCCUAAACACAGAGGCCCUCUGGGACACUCAACACUCUCUCCUCCCCUCUCAUCUCCAAUCUUCUUCUCUCUUCUCCUAUCCUCUCCUCCCCUCUGCUCUCCUAUCUUCUCCUCUCC